ACAGCCUCCCCUCAGCGAGAGCUCGCGCUCAGCCCUCCUGCACACAGCACAUGGGUUUUGCGCGCUCAGAAGUGUUUUCACCGGACAUCUCGGCGCAAGUGGUUUGUUUUCUUCUGACUUGAAGGAUGACUUCUCGCUCUUGAUGCUGAGGACUGCUCGGAACUUACGAUCAAGAGAGAUAUUAUUUAUGAAACCAGCAAGAAAUGAAGAUGAACCUCGUGAACAACUGUUUGACUUUUCUCUUAGUUUGGCACGCGCACGCGGUCAGCGGGAGACAUGCAAACUGUCACUUUCUGUAUGAGGUGCAGAUGGCUGAGAAGGAAUGUUUGGGCAUGCUGGCAGACGAGCUGCCUCCGCACACUAAAGGUUGCAGGGGGAUGUGGGACAAUAUUUCUUGCUGGCACCAUGCCGAUAUCGGAGAGGUGGUGGUCAAUACCUGCCCAGCUGCCCUAAAAAAUUUGUUCACCAGAGAUGGCAUCAUUAGCAGGAACUGCACUACGGAAGGCUGGUCCCACGUUUAUCCCGGCAUCCACAGCGUUUGCUUUGAGCCCACCCCGAAUGGAAGCAAGCUUGUUUUCUACACGGUGAUGAAGACCCUUUACACGCUUGGACACAGCCUCUCUCUCAUCGCGCUCAUCACCGGCAGCACAAUCCUUUGUCUGUUCAGAAAACUCCACUGCACCAGGAACUACAUCCAUCUGAACCUGUUCUUCUCGUUCAUACUGAGGGCCAUUGCUGUGCUGGUCAAAGAUGCCAUUCUGUUUUCCCACGAGAAUGUAGAUUGUACAAAGCAGCCAUCACUGAUUGGUUGCAAGGCCAGCCUGAUCAUCUUCAACUACUUCAUCAUGGCAAACUUCUACUGGUUGCUGGUGGAAGGGCUGUACCUCCAUACUCUACUGAUGGUCAUCUUCUCUGAGAACAGACACUUCAUUAUCUAUCUCCUCAUUGGCUGGGGAUUCCCCACCGUGUUUGUGAUUCCAUGGAUUGUGUGUAGGAUUUACCUUGAGGACACAGGAUGCUGGGAGAGAAAUGAUGCUCCGAUUCCCUGGCGGAUGAUUAACUGGCCAAUCAUGGCAUCUGUUAUUUUAAACUUUAUUCUGUUCAUCAGCAUCAUUCGAAUCCUGGUUCAGAAACUGAGGUGUCCUGAUGUCGGAGGAAACGAUCAGUCCCAGUACAGGAGGUUGGCCAAAUCCACACUUCUCUUGAUCCCUCUCUUUGGCAUCAACUAUGUUGUUUUCGUUUACAUCAUAGAUGAAGAUGGAGAGAUGGAAAACUAUAAAAUAUUCUUUGACCUUGGUCUGGGAUCUUUUCAGGGCUUGGUGGUUGCGAUUUUGUACUGUUUUUUGAAUAGUGAGGUCCAGAGCGAACUCAAGAGGAAGUGGCGGAGUUUGCGUUUAAAGCGUUACAUUGGUCGUGACUACCGUCUGCACAAUUCGUCCAUAUCCAGGAACGGCACGGAAAACAUGGCCCAUCGGAACUCCAGAGCCCAGUCUUUCCUACAGACCGAGACCACUGUGGUGUGAGACAUCCAGAAGCGGCGCUAUAUGAAUCAUGCUUUUACUUCACUGCCCCUCAGCUAACAACUUCAAAAGCUUUAAGCUGAAGAGGACAACGCUUUCUGAAGCAUGAGAUUGACAUGCAGGAGACACAAUGAGGAUUCAGUAUCUCUGAGGCACAACACUGUUUUGUCAGUAUACAAUGCAAAAUCUCAUUUCAUAGCAAAUUUAGCAAUAAACCACCAAAAUAGCACAUUAAAUCAAACCUCUGUGGGAUAGUAUUGGUGGCAUUAAAAACUACAAUUCCAUUUUUGCAGAUGCUGAUUAUAUAUACAUUGCUCUUUUUAAAGUCUUUCAUUGCAUUAGGUUCAGAUUAUAUAAUAGUGUUAUGUAAAUGCUACUUAAGGCCCACAGCAAUUUUCUUAGACGUUCAUGGAGACGCAGCACCAUGCUAUCAACACAUGAAAACUCAGCCACCUCACCAAGAACAUGUCUUGAAUGAAUGCAAGAAGUGGGUCACCUCUAUGCCAAACUCAAAUGUGAGGUUUUAUAAAGAGGACAUUAUAGCUGGAGGCGUCCACAUUAGCCAGGGACUCAUUUCAGGAGAGUAUGUCUUACUUCAGAUACAUGUUGAAACUGAAAAGUCAGUUGUGCAUUCAAACGAAAAAUGGUGAUUGUAAGAAAAAGCAAACAUUCUUGCACUGAUAUUGAACUGUUCUUGCAUCUACAGCAUUUCAUAAUGUCAUUUUGUCAUUAUACUACCCCUUGGAUUUUUUCCCCCUCUUAUAUACCUUGAAGAAAAGCCACAAUAUGAGAAAACGUGAACUGAGAUACAAGAUUAUAUAAGAUAUGUAUAUUCUAGCACGUGAAUGUAAUUCAUUAUUGUCUGAGGAGAUUCAGUAGUCUUAUGAAUGAAAUGACAAAUAUGUGGCAUAAAUAUUUAGUUCGCCCACAAAAAGAUGUCCAGUGAUAAACCAAACCACGACUAGCUGAUAUUACUCCACAAACUCUUUUAUUUCCACUGAUCCACUGAUCAGUCAUUUUAAUAGGUGUUGAUGGUGUUUCUGAUUAUUUUUGCUUUUGUGUUGCUCUGCCUCACAUUGUCAGGGGGGUUGGGGAAUUGUACACUGCAAUGAAUCCUGUGGUCUGUGCUCUUUCCAUUCAACUGAAAAACAGAUAAUUAAUCCAGUAGACAGUUGGAUGCAGAUUUAGGUCAAGUGAACUGACAAAACAGUGAGUGUGAGGGCAUAUGAAAGUGACAUUUCAGUGUGAGCUGUGCUCUGCGUUAUUGUCGCGAACAGAUUCUGGGAACUGCAGUCCAGAGACUUCACAAUGGAUUGGAGAGGAGAUCAGAUCUCUUACAGCCAGGCCUGAAGAGCGAGAGGUCCCCGGGACACCACGUGCGAGGUUGCAUUCAUUUAAAGUGACAGAUGCCACGGACUGGGGCAUUCAGCAUCAUUAUCAGAUGGUCAAAGGGAGAAGAAAAGAUGGAGCUUUAAUUGGAGCUGGCAGAAAGGAAUUGUGGGUUGUCUGAAUUAAAUAUUGGAGGGUUUCCGAGUUUAUUGUGUAUGCCUUCAUUUUGAAAGACGUCAUGGUCUGUGAAGAAUCUGGUGUGUUUGACAGAUGCAUUUAUGAUGUAAAAAAUAUGUACAAACAGAGGCCAUAA